CGAAUUUUAGUUUUUGUCUGUAACAACAAAGUUUGAAGAUUUAUUAUCAUCGUACGUUAAUUAGGAUAGGAGGAUGAACUUGCAAAGGAGUUUCGUUUAAAACACGAACUUUUCUUCUCAAACUAAAUACAUGCAUUUAUUAUUGAAAAUGACUCGUUUCUAAAUGAGAUGUACCAAUUUCUUCAUGAUACCACUUAUGAACUAAACUGUCAAAACAUAACGCCCGUUCAUUGGAUUGAUCAAUCAGUCGUUAUUGACUCAAUUCGAACAAACAUAAGAUUAUUUCUUGAAUAUGCUAAAGCAAAUAGUAAUAAACAAAAUAUUAAAUUUGUCGUUGAAUGGACACAACUGUCAACAACUGAAGAUCCGACAGAAUCAAGUGUUAUUUCAAAUCUCGCACCAGAAACCACAUACAGAUUCAAAAUACAAGCAAUUACUUUAGCUGGUGAUACGGCUGAGAGCGAUUUGAUAACGCAAGAAGAUGAAGAUGAAUCCGGUUUAGCUGUUAGUCAAUCUAAACGUCAAGCAAAGUGGAUUUCAGCAUAUACACUUCAUUGUCAGCCACAAGGUUCUGUGUCCUAUAGGUUAACUGUCAUUGAUACGCCCGGUUUUGGUGAUGUUGGUGGUUUGAACGAUUUUGGAUAG